AUGGCGCUCAAAGAAACGACGAAGCUCUUCACUCCCGUCAAGGUAGGAAAAGUCGAGCUUCAGCACCGAGUGGUGCUUGCUCCUUUGACACGACGACGUGCAGAUGAGACCACAUCAGUCCCCGCGCCUUAUGCGGCAGAGUAUUAUGCUCAACGAGCAUCUCCUGGUGGCCUCCUCAUCUCUGAAGGCACCUUCGUCGCUCACGAGGCCGGUGGAAUGUCACGUGUACCGGGUCUCUACUCCGAGGAGCAGAGAGCAGCAUGGAAGACGAUAACGGAUGCUGUACAUGCCAAAGGAGGCUUCAUAUUCUGUCAGCUCUGGGCUUUGGGUCGAGUUGCCAACCCGAAGAUUGUUCCUCAUGUCUGGAGCGCCGGUUCUGUGCCCUUUGAUGCGAGGGGUUCUGGGUCGGCCGAGCCGCCCGCUAAGUUCACCGUUAUGGCUGAAUCUGAUAUUGAUAGAUUCGUGGGACACUACCGACAGGCUGCUCUCAAUGCCAUCGAGGCAGGCUUCGACGGAGUUGAGAUUCAUGGAGCAAAUGGAUAUGUGAGGCUCGAAAGAUACAAACUUAUCGACCAAUUCCUACAAACCAACAGCAAUAACCGCACGGAUUCGUAUGGAGGUAGUCUCGAAAACCGCUUUCGCUUUCCAUUGAGAGUCCUUAACGCUGUCUGUGAAGCCAUCGGCCCCGAUCGCGUUGGAAUUCGCAUGAGUCCCUUUUCGAGAUUCCAAGGCAUGCGCGAGGCCGAACCUCUGGCUGUCUUCGUCCCUUGGGCAGAAGCCAUCAUCAAGGCCCAGCCAUCUCUGGCCUUCAUUCAUGCAGUUGAACCCAGGAUCGAAGGUGGAAGUGAUUCUCCUGACAAAAACUUGGAAGAGAACGAAACUCUAGCCCCUAUUCGAAAAGUCGUUGGCAGUUCAGAGAUUAAGUUCGUUGUUGCAGGAGGUUUUACACCGGACACUGCAGUUAUGCACGCAGCUCAUACCGAUGACCUUGUAGCUUUUGGGCGUUACUUUAUUCCAAACCCCGAUUUGCCAGCCCGAAUUCAGAACGGCUGGCCGCUGACGAAAUAUGAUCGCUCGCUCUUCUACACGCCGGAUGAACACGGCUACAUCGACUAUCCUGCAUACAAGCCUGAUGCAUCGAGACUUUGA